GCCCGUCCGCGUCGGGGGCGGGACGGGGGCCGGGCUGCACUCGGCCUGCGGCGCGCGGCAAGGGCUCGGGAGGGACUGAGGCUGGAGCUGGGCGGCGGCCCAGGCGCGGACGGCGGCGGCUGCAGGCCCUGCCAUGGAGCCGGGCAGCAUGGAGAACCUGCCCGUCAUGUACCGGAGCCGCGACUUCCUGGUGGUGAACAAGCACUGGGACGUGCGAAUCGACAGCAAGGCGUGGCGUGACACGCCGACCCUCCAGGCGCAGCUGCGGCACCAUUUCCCGGAGCUGGCCGACCCCGACACCUACUAUGGGUUCAGGUUCUGCCAUCAGCUGGACUUCUCCACAAGCGGGGCGCUCUGCGUGGCCCUGAACAAGGCAGCUGCAGGCAGCGCCUACAAGUGCUUCAAGGAGCGACUUGUCACCAAGGCCUACCUGGCUCUGGUGCGGGGGCACAUCCAGGAAAGCCGGACUACCAUCAGUUACGCCAUUGGCAAGAGCGGCACGGAGGGGCGGGCCCACACCAUGUGCAUCGCGGGCACACAGGGCUGUGAGAACCCCAAACCAAGCCUCACGAAGCUGGUGGUCUUGGAACACGGGCUGUACUCAGGGGACCCGGUGUCCAAAGUACUGCUGCAGCCCCUCACAGGCCGGACGCACCAGCUGCGAGUACACUGCAGCGCCCUUGGCCACCCAGUCGUGGGGGACCUGACCUAUGGGCAGGCCUUGGGCCGAGAGGAUCAGCCCUUCCGCAUGAUGCUGCACGCCUUCUACCUGAGAAUCCCCACGCCCACCGAGCGUGUGGAGGCCUGCACGCCCGACCCCUUUGUGCCUGCCCUCGAUGCCUGCUGGAGCCCCCAGACCUUGGUGCAGCCACUGGACCAACUUGUCCAGGCCUUGAGGGCUGCCCCUGACCCUACAGAAGGGGGUCCCAGGCCCGGCAGCCCCUCCACACCCCUGCCUGGACCCGGCCAAACCCCAUCACCUCCUGCCAAGCCCCCCGAGACAGAGGCACAGCGGGCCUCAUGCCUUCAGUGGCUGUCAGAGUGGACACUGGGACCAGAAAGCUGAGUGCCAGGCUGGGCCCCUAGGCGCUGGGGGCCACCCAAGGCAGGUGUCCCUGUGUGUGGCCCCACCCUGCUACAGCAGCCAGGACUGGACAGGAUCCGGCAGGCGGGGCCAGACACAGAUUCCCCAGGAGGGGGCCCCCAGCCCAUGCCCCAGAGCACCUGUUCUUCCCGCUGUGCUAGGACCCCGCGCCAUCAGCCCAGCCUGGCUGGGCCCUCUCCACUUGCAGACGGCUGACCCAUUCUGCCCUGCUGGUCCUUCCUCGUGCCUUUGCCUCUGCCAGACUUCCGUGUACCUCACACCCUGAGCACCGCAUUCGGUGGGUCUGGCCCACGCGAGCCGUUCCUUGGGGCCUUCUGCAAGCACUGCUCCCGUGGGGUCUCACAGGCGGCUCCCAGUAGCCGCAGGCUGUCAGACCUCAGCCUGGGAGCCAGGGUGUCCAGCCCCCACCUUCUCCAUCCCUCCCAGCCCACUGCAGGACCCCUCACAGCCAGGCUCUGGGGACUUGGAAUAAAAGCGGGGUGGCUGACCCUGUGUAACCGUGA